ACAUAGCCUAACAUCUCAGUAGGCUCUAUACACAUAUAUAUUGAGUGAAUAGCAGCUUUGGAGAAAACACAAAAAUGGGCCAGGCGGAUGAGAAUCUAAUUUGGAAUAUUAAGAACGGGGAAAUCGAUGCGGUGCAGCUGAUGUUCGACCAAUCAACGCGAAAUGUUAACGCAUUCAUUGGCGGCCGCACUCCCUUGCACUAUGCGGCCGACUUUGGCCAGCUGAAGGUGCUCAAGUAUCUAGUGGAGAUCGGGGCCGAUGUUAAUAAGCUGGAUAAAUAUGGCAUAACGCCCAUUCUGGCUGCCAUUUGGGAGGGGCACACCGACUGCGUUGCCUUUCUGCUCCAGCACGGCGCCAAUAAACAGGGCACCACGCCCAACGGAGAGAAUUAUGUGGAGGCAGCUGAGAAGGUUGAGAUUAAAAAGCUGCUCAUGGAUCCAAAAACUGGCUAAUCGGGGGAGAUCUGGAGAGAUCAGAAGAAGAUGUGCAGAGAAAGGUUUCCUUAAUACUAACUAAUAGAGAGAGAGGGAAGAGAAAUGUUUUCUUAAGUUUUCGUUUUCGGUUUUCCAUUAUCUUGAAUUUUUGUGUUGCUGCAAUUAAAUUGUUUGGUUUAUUUAAACUUUAA